AUGGCCGCCCUCCGCUCCGCCGCCCGCUCGCUCUGGCGGCGCGUGCACCCCGACCUUUUCCAGCGGCACCCUGCGGCGGCGGCCUCCAACCAGCGUGCGAUGCAGGACGUUGGCGCCUUCCUCGACGCGGCGGCGGAGCGGCACCACGCGCUGCUCACCGGGGCGCCUCCGCCUCCGCCACCGCCGGCACGCUCGCUCGCCUUCUUCGUGGACGCGCCAGCACCGGCCGAGCCGCGAGAGGUUUGUGUUCGUCUGGCGCCGCCGCACGUGCCGCGCCACCUCGCGUCCGCCGCGGCAGCCGAGCGGUGGGCGGACGGCGUGCGGCGCUGCAUCGAGGAUGCGGUGGCGGCCCUGGACGGGUCGCCCGACGUCAGGGCGGCCGAGACGGCGCUGCUCGUGGCGGAGGCGCUGCUCGCGCAGGCGACCGAGCUGCGCGAGGCCCUCGACCUGAGCUGGCAAGGCGUCCGGCUCCGGCUCCUCCCCGCUGCGGAGGAGGGCGCCGCCAACUGCCGCUUGACCGACGGCGCGGGCGGCGGCGCGCAGCUGCUCGUGCGCGGGACGCAGGGCGCGGCCGAAGUGCUCGCCCUCGUGCGGCGCGAGGCGCACAGCCUGAGGAGGGCGCGAGAGCGGGCGGUGCUGCUCGACGAGCUGUGCGCGCGGCUCGGCUGCGCCGACGCCACCGCCAUUGGCAUCGGCCGCGGCUGCGGGGACGAGCAGGUGGCGUCGUUGCGCCGGCUGCUCUGCGAGGUGCCGGAGGGCGGGCUUGUGCUCGGCGACAGGUUCGAACCUGCGAGGCUACACCUGGUGAUUGGCAGCGGCGCCGCGGAGGCGGCGGAGCGCGCCAUGGCCGGCCGACGCGGCGCAAUGGAGGUGUAUGUUGCACUACCGUCCGUCUUUGGCGCCGCUGAGCUCGCGGCGGCGAUUGCAUCGGCGAUUGGCCGAGAUGGGGCGGUUAGGACGCGGCAUGGGACACGGAUUUCAGCCGUUGGUGGCUCCAAACGUCAACGGUAG